CUCGAAGCUUUAGAUUUUAACAUUACUGCAUAGUAGAUACAUAUUAUCUAGAUAGAUUCCCUGCUACCGAAAGAGUGGGCCCGCGGCUGAAGGUGUUCCUCACAACCGAUAAACGAAAAAGUCAAACGUCUUACAUUGAUAACUGUUCUUAUCAAACCCGUCGACAUUAAUCUGCUUAAUAUACUAUCUAUCUACUACGUGCUUACUCUCCGGACAAAAGUUGACUAGCCGUAACUAGAGCAGAAUAAUGCUUACUAACACGCAUUUAGUAACUAACUAUGCUCCCCCAAACGGGUGACACAUUUUCAAUAAGUAACUAGAUAGAUGUUCUAAUAUUAAUCAUGAAACCAGACUAUGUGCUGCAGGUAGAUAUAAUGGCGUUCCCUCCAAAGUAUCUGUAACAGAUCUUUGCCUGUUCGGGAUCCAGGCGGUCAGUCCCGUCCAUGGAUUCCUCUUGAUGCCUGGGAAUAUUAAUGGAUCUGCUUUACUUUACUCCGCCCCAAUUCCGACGGAUGUAAACAACCUCCUUUAUCGAUUUCAACCUCUCAGCUAUCAUUCCUCUCGGAAUUUCGUCUGCUUUCGAAAUUGAACAUCUUUUCUACUGCUAGCAAAGAGACCGAUAAAUGCUCAACUGCCUGCUCUCAUGACAGAGCGCAGCAACGAGGCGGAGCCUCUCAUCCACGGUGGAUGGGUGCCGCCGGACUCGCAUAUACCGCCAGGUCCAUCCACCCCUGAUGAGGCAUCCAAGAGCAGCGCUUACCUCUUCACACUUACCCUAGCCAUGGGAGGUCUCCAGAUUGUCUAUUCGAUCCAGCAUUCCAGUGGAUCACCGUAUCUUCUAUCUCUAGGAAUGAGCAAAGCGCUGCUUGCCUUUGUCUGGAUUGCAGGGCCCCUUACAGGCACUCUGGUGCAGCCUUACAUUGGCAUCCGAAGUGACAAUUGCCGCAUCUCCUGGGGCAAGCGAAAGCCGUUCAUGGUAUUCGGUGGCGUGCUCUUGGCUAUCUGUUUGCUAGCCCUGGCUUGGGUGCGAGAACUUGUCGGCGGCUUAUUUGGCCUAUUUGGCCUUGAUGCUCAGGCAGCUGAAACCAAAACUGCAGUCAUCGUGGCUGCAACGCUCUUAAUGUACUGCCAAGACUUUGCCAUUAACACUGUCCAAGCAGCUACCCGGGCUUUCAUCGUCGAUAAUGCCCCGGCUCAUCAGCAGGAAGCGGCAAAUGCCUGGGCAAGCCGUCACGUCAGCGCAGGGAACAUCUUUGGCUUCAUCAUUGGCGGGCUGAAUCUGCCGAGGAUUAUCCCAUUCCUCGGGAAUACACAAUUCAAAGGCAUCAGCGUAAUUGCUAGUGUCUCACUAGCAAUCACUCUAUCCAUUGGUUGCGCUUAUAUCAAGGAAAAGGAUCCGCGCAUGGAGCCAUCUUCAUCUGCAAGUCUAGGGUUUGUAUCCCUGCUUCAGUCCAUUAAAGAAUCGGUUCAUCGCCUCCCUUUGCGUAUUCGCCAGGUCUAUAUUAUCCAGGCUGCAGCAUGGUUCGGGUGGUUUUCGUUUUUGUUCUACGCCACCACUUAUAUAGGGCAGUUGUAUGUGAACCCCAUCUUCGAAAGUCAUCAAGAUCUAUCGGAUGAUGAGAUCAACAAGGUAUGGGAGGAUGCUACACGCAUCGGUACUUUGGCUAUGCUCGUGAAUGCGCUAGUGUCUUUUGCAGCGAGUAUCAUCCUGCCAAUGCUAGUGGUUCCUUUAGAGAAACAAGAGGCAGCUGAAGCGAGCACUAGCUCGAGCAACUUCCGCUUGAAGUUAAGGAUUCCCGGUUUAUCACUACGCCGCGCAUGGCUUCUCUCUCAUUGCCUAUUUGCCAUCUGCAUGUUCAGCACAUUCUUUGUCUCGUCCCCGGGACAAGCAUCGGUAAUGACUGGCAUAAUUGGCAUUGCCUGGGCUGUCACGGCGUGGGCACCAUAUGCCCUGAUCGCAUCUGAGAUCGCGCAGGAAGACCCUGGACGACCGGCACAUCGUCGAGCAAGAUCCGGCGAAGUAGAAGGGGCAAGCAGUCUGCCAUAUGUUCAGGAAAUCGAUGAAACGAGAAGGACGGCACAAAAAUCAGCAAACCAAGCCGGCGUCGUUCUUGGUCUACAUAAUGUCGCUAUUUCCUUCCCCCAGAUUAUUUCCAGUGCUAUAGGAAGCGUCAUCUUCAAGGCGCUACAGAAGCCACGAGGGCAGCCUUGGGAUACCAGCACAAGCUGGGUCAUGAGACUGGGAGGAUGUGCUGCCAUUCUAGCAGCUUUCUUGACAAUGAGGCUCCAAGAGCAGUCUAGGAGAAAGUAGAACGCAUAUCGGAAAC